UUAGGUGUUUGGGUUUAAAUCGCAUUUAUACAAUUACUACAACUCCAAAUUACUCCUUCCAUUGCCACCUGCUUAGUACCGUUUAGUACCGACGCCUUGGUACCGAACAAGAAAGGACGUGACUACCAAGAGAACGACUACAGUGAAGUUUGAGUUGACGCUUGGGUCGCAAGGCUACGCGUCCUAUUCCAACAACAACAGCUCAUUUUUCAAUGUUAUUCAGGAAUAUUUCAUGCCAUUAACGUCAGACACGCCCUGCCAUGAAGUCGGUAUCAUGGAACCAUCGCGCGGCGGUGACGCAGAAGUCUAUCGACGAGUCGGAGAGCAUGCUGGACCAGAUUCGGAGCCGGCGCGGCCGCCGCCGCGAGGCCGGCAGCCAGGACGAGUCGCAGUCUCGCAGUGUUCAACACGAUGACACGAGUGAGCCGGACGAGACGCUGACGUUCCGGCCGUCCGACUCGGUCCGCGCUGACGUCACUGAUGACGUCACUGACGCAGCUGGCGGUGGCGAGGGCGGGCCGUCGAGCCCCGCUGGUCGCCUGGGGAAGCCGGACCGCGGUGGCGGCGGCGACUCGCCCCGCGCGCCGCCGCCGCUGGCGCCGCGCCGGCUGUCGGCCGCCGGCCAGGAGACGUUCCGCAGCCAGCUAAAGAAGCGGCUCAGCCUGGCGGAAAUCAAGGGUCACGGCCGGGCGGCCCGUCGCAGUCGGGCACAGCCUCGCACCAGUCGGUUCGACACCCUGCGUGAGGGUGGCACCUCGCGGGCCUACGAGGACUACAUGCGAGCCACCGCCGCCGGCAGGACGGGUCCGUCGUCGGUGCAGGCGUACGACUUCUUCUGUCGGAUCUGGGAGGACCCGCCGUCAGAGAGGAGGGCUGCCACCGCGCCGGCCACUCCCAGAGAAGCGGGAGAGGAGACGAGCGGAGCGGCCGAGUCGCUCUCGCUCUCCGAGCUGCUGGGAGGCGAGCAACUGGGGCCGGUGACUCGACACGUCGCCCCCAUGAUCCUCUCACGGAAGGCGCAGCUGGCGCGAGAGGCGGAUAUCUACUUCGCACCGUCACCAAUACCUAUUCCGCCCGAGGAGCGGCUGCCGGCGGGAGGCCAGGCGCGGGACCCCGCUGAGGACGGCAUCUACGUGCCCCGGCGACCCCACUUGGCCGGCCGUAACCUGCACAAACUGGAGAACAGGCUGCUGCACUCCUCAGACAGGUCCUGGUUUGGUGAGGACGGCCAGCUGCUCUGCCUGCCGGACCCCCUGCUCAGUCGGCCCCGUCACAGGGACUACCGGGAUGUGUCUGAGGACGCCCUCACAGACUACCUACCGGCCAGUAUGGAGGCGCCGCGUCCGGCCGACCCGGAGCCGACCGUCUCCGCCGCCGACCAGCCCCAGCAGCUGCAGCUGCAUGUGCACCUGGUGGCGGUGCGGCUCACUGAACACCCGCUCUUCUCCAAGGAGCACCGGGCGGCCGCCGGCCUCGAGCAGCUGCACAGAGAGUACACCGCCAUGGUGGACGAUGACACGGUGAACCGUCUCACUCAGCGACUGUGGGCGGUGCGGCGCGCCCGAGACGGAGUCCUCUCGGCCGCCCUACAGCUGCCCUCAGCGGACCACGGAGACCACACGGCGGACCGCGGGGACCACACGGGGGACCACGGAGACCACACGGGGGACCGCGGAGACCACACGGGGGACCGCGGAGACCACACAGGGGACCGGGCGGACCACGGAGAUCACACGGGGGAUGGCGCGGAACAGGUGCAGCGGCGCCGCAUUGACGAUUACACCACCUCCAUCCAGCGGCUGAGGGAGCAGCGGGACGCGGCGGCGGCCCAGCAGCGGCGCCUCUGCCGCUCGAUCCUACGCCGGUGGCGGGAGCUGAAGGUACUGCGCGAGGACCAGGGGUUCAGCAGCACGCCGCUGCGACUGGCCGUGAGGGAGCUGCCCUCCGACCACGGCCAGGAGACGGAGCUGUGGCAGCGCGAGCUGCGGGCCGAGCUCGAGGAGCUGCGCACCGAACACGACAGGAGCAAACAGCACCAGGACGCCGAGUACCGCCAGCAGCUGAGCGAGUGGCGGGAUCGGCGCCGCCAGCUGGGCUCCGACUCGGACCAGCUCGGACCGCGACCCCAGCCGCCUGCCGAGUUCGACCCGCAACAGGUGCUGGCUGAUAUUGAAGCACGGGCCACCGGCAACCGGCGCCCGCCUGGAGAGCCGAAGCUGGCGUUUGACCUGCUGGACACCCACCCGAUUACCGCCACCGCCGACUGUCCAAAACCGGAGCAGCAGCGGCGCCAGGCGGUGUCGCGCUGUCAGCUCUCGGUCCGGACGCUGAUCGGCGGCCGCGAGGUGAGCCACACGCGGCCGCAGCCGCUCUCGCAGCAGCUGGUGUCGGAGCUGCACCAGCAGCUGGCCGUGCGACUGCGGGCCGCGCCCGAGGCCCUCCAGCUGGAGGUCUGCGAGGAGGGCACCAGACGCUCCACCAGGACACUGGCCAAGCUACGACUGCCGGCGCCCGCCAGUCACGUAACUGAGCGCACUGCGCUGCCGGAGUGGACUGCGUUCUCCGCCGCCGGCUCCGGUCCGGCGGCGCGCGGCCGGCUCCAGGCGGCGCUCUACUGGGGCGUGGACGAGGAGACGGGGUCAGUGCUGGCGCCGCCGGCCGACCCGACCGCCGAGGGGGCGGCGGCGGCCGAGCUGGCUGCGCCCGACCCCAACGAUCCGGCAGACGCCAGCCUGACGGCUAACAUGCCGGACCCGUGCGCGGCCGCGGAGGGUGGUGACCGUCCGGCGCCACUCCGUCCCGGCUGUGACGGGUUCCUGACCGGCGCGCCGGACCCUGCCGACUCUGCGCGCUGCCGGCUGCUGCGACUGAGGGACGCCGGUGUGCCUGAGUUCCGACACGUGACCAUGGCACCGCUACGCGACCAGCAGGUGCCGCAGCAGCUCUUCACGGCGUACCAGAAGCGUCUGGAGGCGCAGUCGGCUGCCGGCGCCGGCGCAGAGGAGGCCGGCGGUGACGGCGGCGAGUCGGCCCGCCGCUCCGUGCUCCAAUACCAGCUGCGUAUCAAAGAGAUGGUGGCCCGCCGCCUGCGCGCCGCCCAGAAACACAAACGGCUCGAGGAUAUGGUGCGCGAGGACGAGGUGCCCGACAUUGGGACGAUCGGCUCGGUGUUCGGCAGCCUGCUCUCGGUCCGCCGGCCGCUAAACCCGCCGCGCAAACAGAAACAGUCGCGUCCACUGGUCGACCUUCAGGGCCAGGAGCUGCAGCUGCUCUGUCACGUGGUGCGCGCGUUCAAUGUGCCCGUGCGCCGCGACACGGACGCGGUACGAACCGACUACAGCCGCCCGGCGCCCGCCGCUCAGGCUACAGUGGCCCAGUCGAGUCUGCUGCCGAAGGUGAGCGUCCGUCCGUUCAUGGAGCUGACCUUCCAGCGGCAGACGGUGCGCUCCAACGUGGCCCAGGGGCCCAACCCCACCUGGAACCAAGAUCUCAAACUGCCAGUCACCCUGCCGCCGCAGGGGGUGGCCGACCUGCACUCUCUGGACGACGUCAUCCACCUGAGUCUGCAGGACGAGGUGCUGGUCGACCUGCUGGACGACGACCGGCUGCAGGACACCAACGUCCACCAGCGCAUCGAGCGCAGGUGGCUGGCAGAGCUCACCGUGCCAUUCUCCACGCUAUACAUUAAUGGACGGGUGGAGGGCACGUUCCGCCUCAACACCCCUCCGCUGCUGAUUGGCUACGAGUGCGACGUGACGGCUCGCGGCACGCUGUUCCACCUCACGGAGAGCCUGCCGACCGGCCAGACGGGCACCUAUGUCACCGUGUUUAUCACGCUGGAGCCGCCCGUCAACGUGCCGCCCACGGUGCAGGAGCACCUGGAGAGUAUGGAGACGGAGAAGCUGCUGUCCCACUGCGAGUUGUGGACGCGCGCGUUCCGGCGCGACUAUCCGGGCCGCCGGGUGCGCUGUACCGUGCUGGAUGUCACCGGCAGAUCGGCUCUUGUGUGCCGCUACAUCCGACCCCUGCGGCCGCCCGACGCACUCCUCGCGGCAUGCUCCAACGAGGAGGAUCAGGCCCUGCUGAUCGCCCGGUUCGUCUCGCUGAUCCCGAACGUGUCCGACGUCAACUUCUUCUCCGGCAUGUACGACCUUUGGACCACCUGUCAGGAGUUUCUGGACAUGCAGGCCGGUGAUGAGGAGGAGCACGCCAUCCUGCUCUGCAACUUCUUCCUCUACCUGGGCAAACGCGCCUACCUCGUGCUCGGCUCGGGUAUCCCCGAGGGCCUCACUGCGUACGUACUGACGGACGAGGCGACGAACCGGUGGCUGUGGAACCCGUGCACGGGUCAGCGGAGUAGCGCCGCGGAGAGCUACAGCUCACUGCUCAGCGUCGGCUGCCUCAUCAACGCCGAAAACGUGUGGGCCAACACGCAGGUGUACGCGCAGCCGUCGUGUAUCAGUUUCGACGUGAACCUGGUGGGCGACUGGCGGCCGCUGUUCACGGCCCGCCAGCCGGCGCCGACAGAGAUGGCCUCCGUGCAGGCGGAGACGCUGAGGUACUCAGUCACCGACACGGCGCGCGUGCGGACGGACGCAGAGCGACUGGAGCGCCGCCUGCGGGAUCACCUGCAGAACUGGAGACAGAGGACCAACUGGACGCCGUGGAACCGGCCGUGUUCGGACGCGCUGCGGCGCAUGCUGCCGCUCCUGGAGCGGUCCACCUUCACCCCGGCCAUCAGCGGCGCACAGCUGGCCGACGAGCAGACCCGACUGCUGGCCAACAUACACGCCACGUACAAGGUGUGCGGUGUGCCGCUGAACGUGCCGCAGCACUCGCAGGAGGCGAUGGUAGAGGCGCUGUUUGCACUCGGCGUGCACCGGAACGACAGCCGGGAGGCCGAGUUCGCGCUGGCCGUGCACAUGGAGCCCUACCCGAGCAACAUCGUGGCCGUGUGGGUGUGCGUGGCCGCGCUCACCCGGCGCCGGUAGGCUGACGUCGGGCGGAGACGGCGUGAGCCCUCACCCGGCGACGGUAGGCUGGCGUCGGGCGGAGACGGCGUGAGCCCUCACCCGGCGCCGGUAGGCUGACGUCGGGCGGAGACGGCGUGAGCCCUCACCCGGCGCCGGUAGGCUGACGUCGGGCGGAGACGGCGUGAGCCUUCACCCGGCGCCGGUAGGCUGACGUCGGGCGGAGACGGCGUGAGCCCUCACCCGGCGCCGGUAGGCUGACGUCGGGCGGAGACGGCGUGAGCCCUCACCCGGCGACGGUAGGCUGGCGUCGGGCGGAGACGGCGUGAGCCCUCACCCGGCGACGGUAGGCUGACGUCGGGCGGAGACGGCGUGAGCCCUCACCCGGCGCCGGUAGGCUGACGUCGGGCGGAGACGGCGUGAGCCCUCACCCGGCGACGGUAGGCUGGCGUCGGGCGGAGACGGCGUGAGCCCUCACCCGGCGACGGUAGGCUGACGUCGGGCGGAGACGGCGUGAGCCCUCACCCGACGCCGGUAGGCUGACGUCGGGCGGAGAUGGCGUGAGCCCUCACCCUCACCCGGCGCCGGUAGGGUGACGUCGGGCGGAGACGGCGUGAGCCCUCACCCGACGACGGUAGGCUGACGUCGGGCGGAGACGGCGUGAGCCCUCACCCGGCGACGGUAGGCUGACGUCGGGCAGAGACGGCGUGAGUCCUCACCCGGCGACGGUAGGCUGACGUCGGGCGGAGACGGCGUGAGCCCUCACCCGGCGACGGUAGGCUGACGUCGGGCAGAGACGGCGUGAGUCCUCACCCGGCGACGGUAGGCUGACGUCGGGCGGAGACGGCGUGAGCCCUCACCCGGCGCCGGUAGGCUGACGUCGGGCGGAGACGGCGUGAGCCCUCACCCGGCGCAGAGACACACCGGGCGGAGACAGGAGUGAGCUGACGGCGGGGACGCGCAGUCAGAUAAGUCCGAUAUACGCUUGGUAGAGUGGAUGGGCUGACUGAUCUGUGACUUCCUGUUGGAUGGGCCUUGCAUUGAGCUUCCGGCAAGACAAACUGGUCCAAAAACGUCCAAAGUCAAUGGUCAACCGUGUCAAUCAACCGUCUGGAUAAGAAAAGCUCAGAAAAGAUAGAGUAAAAAGUUUAUUUGCCGGGUGCACUGUGUAGUGUGCACAGCUUAAUCUGCUAUUUGCCACGCCAUACGUAUCUCUUAUACGUAUCUAGGUGGCCGUUCUGGCUCGUGUGAAAUGCCCCACUGCCGCAUUCACUGCCAAAAGUCUGAGGAGUUUUUCAAGACAUGCUAAUCAUACUAGUUUCAUUUGAGACAGCCAAAGACCUGAGUGGUCCAUGUGGACCAUUGUCUAACUUUGUCAGGUUUAGCCAAUCCCGUCCAUGAUGUGCUUUGUACGGUGUGAUGAUCGCAGAUCGAUAGAGUAAGCUUCAUCGUCGUCCGUCCUAACGGUGCCUUCAUUUCAUCAGCAUUGCUAUUUGCUUCGUGCAUCGUUCAUAUGUCAGGUGGAGGUCACAUUUCUAGUCAUACAAACUAUUCGAAGUGCUGAGUGGUUUCACUCUAUGACAUUCGACCUUCUGAAAGGUCGUCCAAGUCUUUUCUUACACACACGUAAUUAAGUGCAGUUUUAAAAUGCAGAUAUCAAUCUGAUGGUUGUGUUCUCUAGUCCUUUGUAAAUUGAUAGGUUCGUGUGUUUAUGCCUCAACAUUCAUUUAUUUAUAUCGUACAUUGCAUGUAUUUUGCCUACAUGCCACCAUAACAUCUAGUCAAGAGCUGAGAUACUUUUUUAUUUUCAAAUCAUUUGCAUAGGAUUAAGUUGGCAAUUUUUGCAUGUUGUGUCUCACGGUACAAUCAACACCACAUGAGCCAGUACAAACAUUUUAGCAACGUGCGACUUCUCCCUCAUCAUCAGCAUGUUUUCCGACCGGUCUCCUAAUUUGUUUCGUGUGUGCUGUCACUCCCCAUCCAAAUUACUCCGUCGUCCAUUUCUUUCACUUCCCAUCCCCGUCACGCUUCAUCACUCCCUAGUCCCUACAUUUUAUUUGAUCCCCUCGGUACACUGCUGUUUUGUUUGUGCUCUGACGUGUUGUGUCGCCGCCCGGGCGGGAGUAUUUGUCUGACGCAGUGCUCAGACGUCCUGUUUUCAUCUGACCCGGUCGGCAAAAUACAGCGAUCUCACUGUC